CUUAUUUUUGUGUUUGUACGAUUUUAUUUUGUGUUUUCGCUUAGAUGUAUUUGGGAACUUUGCGUUGCGACGACUUACACGAUGGCGCCAAUGUGGGAUUGGAUUAAACCCACUGUUACCCGCAGUUCUAAUAAAUCUCGAAGUUCUUCAUCCAGAACCCCCUCUUCAAGCGACGGGAGUGAACGGGAGUCCUGGUCGAAAUCUUCGAGCAGAACGAGAUCAAGAUCAGACAUACGAUCAACAAGAUCAAGCUCCUCGUCUAUGUCGAAUUGUAAAUCCACCUUAAAGCAGAAUCGUAGAUCUCGAAGAUCGAGUACAGGAUCGGAAAGUCGAACACCAACGCCGGAACAAAAAUCUAACACAGGAAGAAAGCGCGUACGUCUUCCUUGGACCGUAAGAAUAGAGGACUUUAACGAAAAAAUGACUAAAAGUGAAAUCCGUCAAAUUUUUGAGCGAUAUGGCGUUGUCAUAUGUGUAAAGAAAUGUAAUGUACAUGACGAUCAAUACGAUGUGGAUGUUGUAUAUAAAUAUCGAAGAGAUGCUGAAUUAGUUGUUAAUAUAAUCAAAUAUGGAUGUUGCAUCACAGGACUCAAAAAUUUACGCGCUAGACUUAUUCGACCUGAAUCACGAAGAAGACUAAGGGACUAAAUAUUAUUUUUAUGUUGAUUAUUAAUUACAUUCAUGUAAUAUGUUCACAUAAAAAUAUCAAAAAAUC